CCCCCGUCCCCACGCCUCCACCCCGCGCUGCCGUCCUGUCCCCUCGAUGAUGCCGGUGGCCACGGUGACGCCCACGCUGGCGGUGACAUCCAUGCCCAUGGACGGCCGCGAAUAUUCCCCCGCUGCCACCACGUCGGAGAAUGGGGGUGGGAGGCGGAAGCAGAAGGAGAAGGAGUUGGAUGAGCUGAAGAAGGAGGUCAACCUGGAUGACCAUAAGUUGUCCCUGGAUGAGCUGGGAAGGAAGUACCAGGUGGAUCUGUCCCGGGGGCUGAGCAAUGCCCGCGCUGCGGAGGUGCUGGCGCAGGACGGCCCCAACGCGCUGACCCCCCCCCCCACCACCCCCGAGUGGGUGAAGUUCUGCCGCCAGCUCUUUGGGGGUUUCUCCAUCCUGCUGUGGAUCGGAGCCAUCCUCUGCUUCCUGGCCUACGGCAUCCAGGCUGCCAUGGAGGACGAGCCCUCCAACGACAACGUGAGUGGGGGGGGACGGGGGGAAAUGGGGAUGGGGAGAAAGCAGGGACGGGGGAACAGCGGGAUGGGGAUG